AUGGGGACCGAGACGACCUCCGUGGAGAUAUCUGAGCCGUUGCUGCUCGACGAUUCAGACAAAAUCAAGGCCGUUGAGACCGUCGACGACGACCGAGUGCCGGAAUGGAGAGAUCAAAUCACGAUCAGAGGGCUGGUGGUCAGCGCCGUGCUGGGGACUCUCUUCUGCAUCAUCACACACAAGCUCAAUCUGACGGUGGGGAUCAUCCCGUCGUUGAACGUCGCCGCCGGUCUGCUAGGGUUCUUCUUCGUCAAGUCGUGGACCGGGUUCUUGGCCCAAUUAGGGUUUGAGGUUAAGCCCUUCACAAGGCAAGAGAACACUGUCAUCCAAACUUGCGUCGUCGCUUGCUAUGGCCUCGCCUUCAGCGGGGGAUUCGGUUCGUAUUUGGUUGCAAUGGAUGAAAAAACAUAUAAGCUUAUCGGUGAGGAUUACCCUGGUAACAGGGCAGAAGAUGUUAUUAAUCCAGGCUUAUGGUGGAUGACUGGUUUCCUGGUUGUUGUCAGCUUCCUUGGACUUUUUAGUCUCGUUCCACUUCGCAAGGUUAUGGUCAUGGAUUACAAACUUACGUACCCCAGUGGGACUGCCACAGCAAUGUUGAUAAAUAGCUUUCACACUAAAAGUGGUGCAGAGCUUGCCGGGAAGCAAGUGCAUUGUCUUGGAAAGUAUUUAAGCAUGAGUCUAAUCUGGAGCUGCUUUAAGUGGUUCUUUAGUGGUAUUGGAGAUUCAUGUGGGUUUGACAACUUUCCUAGCCUUGGAUUGGCACUUUUUAAGAACACGUUUUAUUUCGAUUUCAGUCCUACUUAUGUCGGAUGUGGUCUUAUAUGCCCUCACAUUGUAAACUGCUCAGUGCUUUUUGGGGCUAUCAUAUCAUGGGGUUUCCUUUGGCCUCUCAUCUCCCAACAUGCUGGGCACUGGUAUCCAGCUGACCUAGGUAGCAAUGAUUUCAAAGGUCUUUAUGGUUAUAAGGUCUUCAUAGCUAUUGCCCUUAUUUUGGGGGAUGGUCUAUACAAUUUGAUCAAGAUUAUAGCCAUUACUCUCAAGGAAAUAUGCAAUAAAAGUAGUAAACAGAGCAACCUUCCUUUGGUUAAAGAAAAGUUGGAUGGUGAGAGUUCUGAAGUAAUCCUGGAACAAAAAAAGAGGGAUGAGGUAUUUCUCAAGGAUAGAAUACCAAACUGGGUUGCUGGUUCUGGAUAUGUGGCCCUGGUGGCAAUAUCGACAGCAACAAUGCCAAUUAUCUUUCCACCUCUCAAAUGGUAUUUGGUGCUGUGCUCAUACAUCCUUGCUCCUGCUCUUGCCUUUUGCAACUCCUAUGGCACUGGCCUCACGGACUGGAACUUGACCUCAACUUAUGGGAAGAUAGGUCUUUUCAUCAUGGCUUCAUUAGUGGGAAGUGAUGGUGGGGUUAUCGCUGGUUUAGCUGCGUCUGGGGUGAUGAUGUCCAUUGUAUCUACUGCAGCUGAUCUCAUGCAAGACUUCAAGACAGGUUACCUAACUAUGUCCUCGGCCAAGUCUAUGUUUAUCAGCCAGUUAGUGGGAACAGCCAUGGGUUGUGUGAUUGCUCCAUUAACAUUUUGGUUGUUUUGGACUGCAUUUGAUAUUGGCUCACCUGAUGGUCCAUAUAAAGCACCAUAUGCUGUAAUAUUCAGGGAAAUGGCAAUUCUAGGUAUUGAAGGCUUCUCUGAGCUGCCAAAGCACUGCUUGGCAAUGUGUUGUGGUUUCUUUGUGGCCGCUGUGGUGAUAAACCUCUUGAGGGACGUGACUCCUAAGAAGGUAUCCCAAUAUAUUCCUAUUCCAAUGGCUAUGGCAGUCCCAUUCUACAUCGGAGCCUACUUUGCCAUUGAUAUGUUUGUGGGGACAGUAAUACUCUUUAUAUGGGAGCGAGUGAAUAGGAAGAAUUCAGAGGAUUUUUCAGGGGCAGUCGCUUCAGGUCUAAUAUGCGGUGAUGGGAUUUGGACGAUUCCAUCUGCAAUCCUCUCUAUCUUCAAGGUCAAUCCACCCAUCUGCAUGUACUUUGGACCUUCUAUGAGCAGUUAGCUGGUGUUGUGAUUGUAACUUAAAGGUUGUAUUGUUUCAAGUUUCAACUGGGAGCUCACCUGGCUGUCUGGGUUGGCUGGUUGGACUUUGUAAAUAACAUAAAUAUGUAUGAUUUAUUAGGGUUGUCUUGCUUCUAUGUACAUUCUAUGUACACCAGACAAUUGACUUGGAAGUCCAGUCUCCCUUUCCUCUUUAUAUCAUUCAAAUUUCAAAUCGUCUCACAGGAGACCUUUUGCUC